CAUUUUUUGUUCUCAUUCUCUUACAAAUUAUUAAAUUAAACCAUUUGUUUAAUAAGUUUUCAUCAUUCCCAUAAAUCACCACAAAAGCAUAACCCUUUUUUCCUUGUUUUUGAUUUCUUCCAAGUUCAUAAAAGAACUCAAAACUUAAAAAAAAAAAAAAAAAAGGACCAGUAAGCUUUCCUACAAAUCCAAGCCAAAAACUGAAGGAAACUACAAUGAUUUGAUUUUUAUAAAAAAAAAUGGGUUCUUCUUUUUCUUUGAGACCCUUUUUUCUUUCCCUCUCAUUCAUUGUAUUGUUCACAAACCUUGAGCUUUCAUCAAUGGUGGAAUCUGGUUCAGAUAUCACAACUUUGGUCUACAAAGGAUGUGCAAAGCAAGCAUUUACCGAUCCAGGUGGUGUAUACUCUCAAGCUCUCUCAGCUUUAUUUCAAACCUUACUUUCACAAUCCAUGAAAGUAAAGUUUUACAAGACAACAACAGGGACAGCUCAAACCACCAUUAAUGGUCUGUUUCAAUGUAGAGGAGACUUAAGCAACAGUGAUUGUUACAACUGUGUAAGCAAGCUCCCAACUUUAUCAGACAAACUUUGUGGUAGCAACACUAUAGCUUCAAGGAUCCAACUUGUUGGUUGUUACAUGUUGUAUGAAGUGUCUGGUUUCCCCCAAAUUUCAGGCAUGGAAAUGCUAUACAAAACUUGUGGCGGCGGUAAUGGUGGUGGUGGGGUUGGAUUUGAAGAGAAAAGGGACACAGCUUUUUCAGUCUUGGAGAAUGGUGUGGUGAACAACCAUGGAUUUUUCACCACAAAUUAUCAAUCUGUUUAUGUAUCGGGACAAUGUGAAGGUGAUAUAGGAGAUUCAGAUUGCGGGGAAUGUAUUAAAAAUGCAGUUCAAAAAGCUCAAGUUGAAUGUGGUGAUUCAAAUUCAGGCCAAAUUUAUUUACAUAAAUGCUUCAUUAGUUACAAUUAUUAUAUUCAUGGAGUCCCUAAAAGAUCAUCAUCUUCAUCUUCACAUCCUUUAGCUGCUGCUUCAACAGAAACAGGGCAAGAUACAGGGAAGACAGUGGCUAUAAUAUUAGGAGGAGCAGCUGGAAUUGGAUUCAUUGUUAUUUUGAUGAUGUUUGCGAGAAAUUCAAUGAAGAAACAUGAGGAUUCUUGAAGGGUUUUCAGAGUUCAUUUAAAGGGUGUAAAAAAAAUGGUUUCUUUUUUUUGUAUGUGUGUGUUGAAUUGAACAUAAAUGUUUGAACAAAGAGAAAGCAGUAGCCAUUAGGGGGGGAACCAUGAAAAUGUAACAAAUGAGGGGGUUUUUUUUUGGAAGAAAAGUGAAAAAAGAAAAAUCAUGUUUUGUGUUAUUGAAUUAAUGGAUGGAAAGACAAUGACAAUUUGUAUCCUUA